UAAAUACAAACAUAACCCAAUUCUUAGGAAUAAAAAUGUAUAAAACCUCUGAUAUUAUUGGCCCUGUUAAUUGAUACAUCUUCAGAAGAUAAGGAUAUCAGAGGAAAUGCAAACACGUCAUGAAUGUUAAGCAAACUGCAUAAACGGUUCAGUCUUUAUGUGAUAAGCCGCAGGAUGUCGGAUAAACAUGGUCCUAUUCGCAAUUUUGCUUUCCUAGAUCUGGAAACAACAGGUCUUCCUUCAUUAGAAAAUAAUAAAACAAAAAUAACUGAACUAAGUAUUUCAAUAGUAGAAAGCAAUCAUCUUCGUAUGGGAGUUUUUCCUAGAGUAAGAAAUAAACUGAAUUUAUGCUUGAAUCCGUGUAAAUUCAUUUCACCAGAUUCAACAUCUAUAACUGGUUUAUCUAAUGAGUUACUUGAGCGUCAGACCCCAUUUUCCUUGGAUACUGUUAAUACAAUCAAUGACUUUCUUAAUUUACAACAGAAACCUAUAUGUCUUGUGGCUCACAAUGGUAAUGGAUUUGAUUAUCCUAUUUUGAGAGCCGAAAUUAUCAAUGCAAAGGGAAAAAUUUCAGAAGAUAUUUUAUGUAUAGACUCUCUUUCAUAUUUCAAAGAUUUACAUGAAAAGCAAAACUCCACUCAAAAUGUAUCUGUAACAGAUUCAGGAAGUAGCUUGAAUCAGGAAGCUGACUGUCAACCUUCUAAGAAAAUGAAAACUUCACAAGAAAUACCCCCAGAAUUCACUGAUGAUUUUGAUAAUCUUUUAUGCAGAGCAAUGGAUGAAUAUGAGGAAUCUAUUAAGAAACAAAAUAUUCAGAAAAAAAAUGAAACAACCCCAGAGAAGCAGAUAAAAUCAAUAAAAUACUUGAGGAUUAAUAAACCAAAGAUUCCCAGAAAUCCAAGGGUAAGUUUCAAGUUAGGCGAUGUUUAUAAGCGUAUCACUUCGAAAGAUCCUGAAAAUUCUCAUCAUGCUGAAGGGGAUGUUGAGUGCUUGAUGCACUGUGCUGCUAGCACAGGUGAGGAAUUCAUAGCAUGGGCCAAUGAUAAUGCAAAAUUAUUUGUAGAUGUUCCACCUAUGAAACCAGGUACAAAGAUAGGUGUUUAAAGAUGACUUAUUUGUGAUAUUCUAUUUACAAGAUUUUAAUUUCUGCGUACAUCUUCAAUAGGCAAUUGGUCUAUAAGUACUGGGUUUCAUUGGUUUUUUAAAAAUUUAUUUUUAAUUUUUAUUUAAAGUGUAUAUUGGUGAUAUGUAUGAAUUUUAAUCAUAUGUAUCAGAUAGAUUUUAUCAAUAUAAUAUAUGACCUUUAUUGUUUUAUCUUGAACUGUCUCAAUGAGUUAGACUAGUUGGAGGGAAUAAAAACAGAAUUACUA